UGCUGCUGGUGUUGCGGAUCAGGGGAGAGAAACCUUAUUUGGGGGCAAUCCUAGCUCGUUUGGAAGCUAUCAAGUCACUGGAAUCAGAUGCCCUUGGUGCUGCACUGAUGCAGUAGAUGAGGCCAGACAGCAGCUCCCGGUGACACAGAGCCCGCAGGCAGCCGGCAUUCCCUGUGCUACAGGGUUUCUGUAGGGAUGUGGAAGUACCUUGCGACUCGCUGCGGGCUCAAGCAUCCCACUAAUCCCACAGCCCUAUGGUACUAGCUCUGCGCUUCUGGUCUGCACCGUCUGUUCAUAACCAAGGGGCUUUAGCGAUCUGACGCUGCCACAGCGCUAACCACUCAACAUGAUUGCUGCUGCUUUCCUAGUGUUGCUCAGACCCUACAGCAUCCAGUGCGCCUUUCUGCUGCUGCUGCUCAUGCUGGGCACCAUUGCCACCAUCUCCUUCCUGUGCUGCUGGCACCGCAAGCUCCAGAAGGGCAGGCACGCAAUCAAGACAGUGUUAGGCGGUCGGGCUAGGAGCAGAGGUAGGACAUAUGCCAUCCUGAGAUCUCACCAUUUUCGUUCAGAGGGAUUCAGGCCAAGUCCUCGUCAUCUAAGGAGAUACACACGGGCUCGGGUUGAGGAAGCAAAGCCUCCGUUGGAGAUUCCACAGAGUGACCAGGAAACCCCAUCACCACUACGAAAAAGGAAAAUCAAGAAAAGCAGCCGGGUUCAGCCAGAAUUCUAUCAGUCAGUGCAAGUCACUCCGACUCGGAAGCCAAGCUCCGGCACAGCUUCCUAUCGCUGCUCCAUGUCUUCCUCGGCCGACUUCUCCGACGAUGACGAUUUCAGCCAAAAAUCUGGCUCAGCCUCCCCUGCUCCUGGGGACACCCUGCCCUGGAACCUACCGAGACAUGAGAGGUGCAAGAGGAAGAGCUCAGGGGCAGCAGUGCUGGAUCCAGCAGAGAGGGCAGUACUCAGGAUAGCUGAUGAAAGAGAUAAAGUACAGAAAAAGACAUUUACAAAAUGGAUUAAUCAGCACCUUAUGAAGGUACGCAAACAUGUCAGUGAUCUGUAUGAGGAUCUGCGGGAUGGACACAAUUUAAUCUCCCUUUUGGAAGUUCUGUCAGGAGACACCCUGCCAAGGGAACGGGAUUUUUUGAAGACCUUACGGUUGGUGAGUUCAUCAGAAGCAUGCGAGUAUGAUCAGCAUGAGGAUGUGGAGGAUGAGGAUAAGGGGCCUCGGGAGAAAGGCAGGAUGCGCUUUCAUAGACUGCAGAAUGUACAAAUUGCACUCGACUAUUUGAAAAAACGACAGGUGAAACUAGUGAAUAUAAGAAAUGAUGAUAUAACUGAUGGGAAUCCCAAGUUGACUUUGGGCUUAAUAUGGACCAUCAUUCUGCACUUUCAGAUAUCUGACAUCCAUGUUACUGGAGAGUCAGAAGAUAUGUCUGCCAAAGAGAAACUGCUUCUUUGGUCGCAACAGACAUCAGAAGGCUAUGGUGGAAUACGUUGUGAAAACUUUACCACCUGCUGGCGAGAUGGAAGACUAUUUAAUGCCAUCAUUCAUAAAUACAGGCCGGACCUGAUUGACUUGGAUACCGUUGCUGUUCAAAGCAACAUUACAAAUUUAGAAAAUGCUUUUUACGUAGCUGAAAAACUGGGCGUUACUAGACUUCUUGAUCCUGAAGAUGUUGAUGUCUCAUCCCCUGAUGAAAAGUCUGUAAUAACAUAUGUGGCAUCUAUGUAUGAUGCAUUCCCGAAAACACCAGAUGGAGGGGAGGGAAUCAGUGCAAAUGAUGUUGAAGUGAAGUGGAUAGAAUACCAGAAUAUGGUGAACUACCUCAUCCAGUGGAUCAGGCACCAUGUUGUGUUAAUGUCUGAAAGGACGUUCCCGAAUACUGUUGUAGAACUCAAGGCACUUUAUCAACAAUAUUUACAGUUUAAAGAAAAAGAAAUUCCACCCCGGGAGACUGAAAAGUCUAAAAUAAAGCACCUUUACACUUUUCUUGAGCCAUGGAUUCAGUUUGGGCGCAUCAAGCUGGUCCAGGGAUAUCAUCCGAAUGAUAUAGAAAAAGAAUGGGGAAAGCUAAUUAUUGCCAUGUUUGAAAGAGAAAAGGCAAUAAGACCUGAAAUCGAAAGGCUUGAAAUGCUGCAGCAGUUAGCAACCCGAGUUCAGAGGGAUAGCUUGGGAUGUGAAGACAAACUAAUCCUGGCUCGCAGUGCUCUCCAGGCUGAUGCCAAACGGAUGGAAUCUGGGAUCCAGUUACAGAAUGAAGCUGAGAUUACCGGGUACUUGAUUGAAUGCGAGAACCUUCUGCGACAGCAGCUUGUCGAUGUCCAGAGUCUUGUGGAUGGGAAAUAUUACCAAGCUGAUCAGUUGGUGCAGAGGGUUGCCUCAUUGCGAGAUGAGUUACUGGCCUUAAGAAAUGAAUUCACUUCACUAUACAGCAAAGGACGUAUGUUUACAAAUGAUCAGACAAAACUUAUGAUAUCAGGAAUAUCACAAAGCCUCAGCUCAGGAUUUUCACAGAAUUUAAACCCUGUUAUGAACUCAACUCUUUCACACAGUAUGACCCCUUCCAUGACACCAACAAGUCUCACACCGGGUCUGUCCCAAGGCUUUAAUUCUCACUUAACUGCUGCUAUGACUCCACCAUUUUCACCCAACUAUAACUCGGGAUUGAUCCAGAACUAUGCAACAGGAAUGAACACAAAUGCAUUACAGUCGCUAAAACUCAUGCAGAUCAAGAAACCCUUACAGAAGUCAUCUCUUGCUGAUCAAAAUUUACCUGAAGAAGAAGUAAACUCAAAAUUUGUUCAAGAUCUUUUGUCAUGGAUCGAAGAAAUGCAGGUGCAGCUUGAUCGGGCUGAAUGGGGUUCAGACCUGUCCAGCAUUGAAGGACAUUUAGAAAACCACAAAAAUUUCGAUCGCGCUGUUGAGGAAUUUGAGUCCAGUCUUAAGGAAGCAAAAAUGAGUGAGCCUCAAAUAACAGGAAUUUUUAAGGCAAAUUAUGAUGAAUCUUUAUACAAGCUUGAGAGUCAGUACUCCAAACUUUUGAAUUCAUCAAGAAACCGACAAAAGCAUUUAGACACACUGCACAGUUUUGUAUCCCGAGCCACAAGGGAGCUCAUUUGGCUUAAUGAGAAGGAAGAGGAGGAAGUAGCUUAUGACUGGAGCGAAAGAAAUCAGAAUAUACCUGCCAAAAGGGACUAUCAUGGGGAUUUAAUGAGAGAACUCGACCACAAAGAGGAGAUCAUCAAAUCUGUACAGGACAUCGCAGAGCAGAUGCUUCUUCAAAACCAUCCUGCAAGAUCAACAAUUGAAGCUUAUAGAGCUGCUAUGCAAACUCAAUGGAAUUGGAUCCUGCAGCUUUGUCACUGUGUUGAACAGCACAUACGGCAGAACUCUGCCUACUUUGAGUAUUUUAAUGAUGCCAAAGAUGCAGCUGAAUAUCUGAAGAGUUUAAAGGAUGCAAUACUAAGAAAAUACAGCUGUGAUAAAUCGACCAGUCUGCAUAAACUUGAAGAUCUGCUCCAGGAAUCAAUGGAGGAAAAGGAACAACUUUUACAGUACAAGAGCACAGUUGGCAGUCUUGUUGGAAAAGCAAAGGCAAUUAUUCAGCUGAAACCCCGGAAUCCAGACAACCCACUCAAAGCAUCCAUUCCAAUCCGAGCUAUCUGUGAUUACAAACAAAUUGAGAUCACUAUUUACAAAGAUGACGAAUGUAUAUUAGCAAGCAACUCACACCGUGCUAAAUGGAAAGUGAUCAGCCCUACUGGUAAUGAAGCCAUGGUGCCUUCUGUGUGCUUCACAGUGCCACCCCCAAAUAAAGAGGCGGUGGAUUCUGCAAACAGGAUUGAGCAAAUGUAUCAGAGCGUCCUGACUCUCUGGCACGAAUCUCAUAUAAACAUGAAAAGCACUGUGUCCUGGCACUACCUAAUGAAUGAGAUUGAAGGCAUCCGGGCCAGCAAAGUCUCCACAAUUAAAACCUUGUUGCCAGGCGAGCAUCAGCAAGUGUUAAGCAAUCUGAAGUCCCGCUUUGAUGAAUUCUUAGAAGACAGCCAGGAAUCCAAGAUUUUUUCUAUGUCUGACAUUGCACAACUUGAAAGAGAAGUCAAUGUUUGCAAACUCUAUUACGAAGAGCUUCUGAAGUCUGCAGAAAGAGAGGAACAGGAAGAAUCUAUUUAUAAUCUGUAUGUAUCUGAGAUCCGAAAUUUCCGCCUACGAAUGGAAAAUUGUGAAGAGCGGCUAAUCAGACAGAUCAGAACACCAUUAGACAGGGAUGAUCUUCAUGAAAGUAUAUUAAGGAUUUCUGAGCAGGAGAAAUUAAAGAAGGAUUUAGAUCACCUUAAAGCUGAUUUAUCAUCAAUAUCUGAGAAAUGUGAUGAAUUCUUCAGUCAAGCUGCUACCUCACCCUCUAUAGAGGCACUACGCACUGAGCUGAAUGUUGUUAUCCAGAAUAUGAACCAAGUGUACUCCAUGUCUUCCAUUUACUUGGAAAAGUUAAAGACAAUAAAUUUGGUGCUAAAGAACACACAAGGAGCAGAAACUCUUGUGAAACUCUAUGAGACCAGAUUGUGUGAAGAAGAUGCAGUCACGGCUGACAGAAAUGGGAUUGACAAACUUGUGGCCACCUUAAAGCUCUGGCGGUCAGAGGUUGAUGAGAAACGGGAAGUGUUUCACGCAUUAGAAGACGAGCUGCAGAAAGCCAAAAAUAUCAGUGAUCAAAUGUUAAAAGUGCACAAGGAGCGAGACCUGGAUUUUGACUGGCACAAGGAAAAGGCUGACCAGCUUGCAGAGAGAUGGCAGAACAUUCAUUCUCAGAUUGAAAACAGAUUACGUGAUCUGGAUGGCAUAAGUAAGUCUUUAAAAUACUACAAAGAGUCAUAUGGGGCACUUGACUCAUGGAUCAGACAGAUAGAAGAAACACAAAGUAUGCUUCAGGAAAACAUGCCGGAAAACAGCAAGGCUCUGGCAAAGCAAUUGGAUCAGCAGAAGAUGCUGAUUUCAGAGAUUGAAAUGAAACAAAGUAAAAUGGAUGAAUGCCAGAAGUAUUCUGAACAAUUUUCUUCAGCAAUUAAGGAUUAUGAGUUGCAGUUAAUGACAUACAGAGCACUGGUGGAUUCCCAUCAAAAGUCACCAAUGAAGCGCAGAAGGAUUCAGAGUUCUUCAGAUUCAGUUGUGCAAGAGUUCAUGGCUUUAAGGACCCGUUACACUGCUUUAAUGACCUUAAUCACACAACUGGUUAAAUUUUCUGGUGAGACCCUGAAGAGGAUGGAAGAAGAAGAGAAGUCUUUGGAAGAGGAAAAGAAAGAGCAUGUUAAGAAGGCAGGGGAAAUACUGAAUUGGGUGUCUAAGGUCACACAAACGUUGAGCAAAGAAGGAGGACAAGACAUUUCAGAAAACACACCCAUAUCUAAGUCUCAGAUAUCCUGUGAUGACAUAGCAAUGAAGCAAGAAGAAAUUUCUGAUGCUCUACAAACCUUGCAAUUGCUUUUAGCCAAGCACAGUGAAAGAUUGACAGAGGAGGAGAGAAAAGAAAUUGAAAAGCAAGUUAAGGAAUUACAAGAAAGUCAAAGUUUCUUAUCGAAAGAGUAUGAAAGACAGCAAAAGGAAGCAAAGGAUUUGGUAGAUAAACUUGUGGAACAGAAGGUGGAUAAGGUUGUAUCAGGAACCAUUGAUGAGACAACUGGGACAGUUCAUUCCGUAUAUCAUUCUAUAGUUCAAGGUCUUGUUGACUAUGAAACUGGAAUCCGGCUGCUUGAAAUUCAGUUAAUUGUUUCAGGGCUGGUAUCACCAGAAUUAAAAAUGUGUUUUGAUAUUGAAGAAGCUAAGAAUCAUGCACUUAUUGAUGAACAAAUUGCUUUACGACUGCAAGACUUAUCAGAUGCUAAAAAUAUUUAUUCAUCUCUCUCUUCAGUAGACUUUCCAAUAAUAGAUGCUUUUGAUCAGGGAUUAAUUUCGGAGUCUGUUACAAUUAAAAUGAUAGACAUUUUGCUGUCAUGUGGUUGCCUGUAUGUUUCUGGAAUUGGUGAGCACCUUAACUUGAACAAACUUUUCCAGAGAAACCUGAUUUCAGCAGUCUUAUUUUCCAAACUUAUCGACAGGCAAAAAGCAGGGAAAGACCUUAUUGAUCCAAUUACAGCUGAAAAGGUAAAUGUAACAGAAAUCAUCCAGAGAUGUGUCACAAAUAAACAAACGGGAAUGAAAUUUCUACCAGUUAAUUCACAAGAUAAAGGCAAAAUUACAAUAAAAUCUGGACGGAAGAUUAGUGUUUUAAGGGCAGCACACGAAGGCAUUCUGGAGCGUGAAAUUAUGUUUAGAAUGCUUGGAGCACAGAUUUUUUCAGGGGGUAUAAUUGAUCCAGACUCUGGGAAAAGAUUUACACUUGAAGAAGCACUAGAGAAAGGAUUUAUUGAUCAGUGCACAGUUUGUGGAAUAUUAACUCAGCAAGUUCAGAAUGGGGGAAUUGUUUGCCCAUCUACAGGAAAAUACUUAUCUGUGGAUGAAGCGGUUCAGUGCAACUUAAUAUCCUACAGCAGUGCUUUGUUGGUCCUGGAAGCACAAAGAGGAUUUAUUGGUCUGAUUUGGCCUGACACCAGUGAAAUUUUCCCAGUUUCAACAUCUUUACAACAAGGAAUGAUUUCUAAUGAUUUAGCACAGAAAAUUCUAAGAAAUAGACAAAAAAUUGCUGGCUUAUAUAUUCCAGAAACUUCUGAAAUUAUUCACCUGGAUGUAGCUGCUCAGUUAGGUAUCAUAGAGAAUAACACAGCCACUGUCCUAAGUAAUGUUCAAUUACAUGAUACAAUGCCAAACAUAGAUGUUCUAGAACCAACAUGUAAACAUGCUUUAAAAUGGAUGUCUCCUUAUGAGUCACAUGCUUCUCCACUUGAUGAAUUAUCUGAAAAAAAAAGUUCUGAUACAGAAGAGCCAUUAACACAUAAUCCAGAACACACAAAGCAGUUAUUCUACUCAUACCUAAUGAUAAACAGUUACAUUGAUGCACAUACAGGGGAACGCCUUCUGCUGUUUGAUGGGGAUCUUGAUGAGGCUGCCAGCAUGCUACUUGAGUCUGAGCAUAUAGUGCGCACUACCAGCAUGGCCAAUGAAGAACAAACAUUUGACUCUAUAUGUAAUGAAUUUAGUUCCCAUGUGACAGGCCUAGACAUCCACAAUACCGAAUUAGACAUUUUAGGACAGUUUAGUGAAAAAGAACCCAAUAAUUCUUCCUGUGAAGAAAACAUUCCUAUUACAAGUGUAGCAGACCUUGAUGAAAGCUUAUGCCAAAAGCAACUAAAUACUUCAGUGAAAAGUGAUCUAGAUUGUAAUGACAUAUGCCAAGAACAACUGAAAUCUUAUUUGGGGGAUAUAGAAAACACUGGUGUUUGUGAUCAAGAAAAAAAAGGUAAAGCAGAGCAUGAUCAGUGCCAAGAAUUACAUUUUGUUGAAAAUAAACAAAAACAUGUGCUAAAGCCUCUGGAAUCCAGUACUGAAAAAGGAAACCUAACGCAUACUCAUAUUGAGGAAGAUAGUCUGAACAUACCUGAAAUGCAGCACUAUCUGGUAAAUGACAUUGUAGAGUCAGCAGAACCACACCAUCUUAUGCCAGGAAAUAUUUUACAUGAAGAAAGUAUUACAGCAGUAAAUGUCCAGAUUGAGGAACAACAGAUAGUUACAAAAGACCCUGUCCCCUUAUUCAACACCGAACCUGAUGAGAUAGAGACUCAGGUUAAUUCUGUAAGUAAUAUGUCUUCUGAUAAUGAAAGUAGGAAUACAGAACCUCAUUUGAGUAACAGCAAUUAUCCAAUAAAUGGUAACGAAGGCUAUGAAACAACACAGCAUGAAGUUAUUGACAGUGAUGGCUAUCUUACUCCAACCAAUACUGAACAUGAUGAUGUUACACUUAAUACAGUGGUGGAGUUCCACUCUAAUUCAGAUAUAGCAGAAAUAUGCACACUUAAUAUUAAUGAUAAUUUAACCCAUACGACAAGUAGUAAUGAAAACUAUGAGUUCUACAGUCCUGAACAUGUUGUGAAGCGUGCUUGUGGAACUUCCCAGGGUCACAGUGAUAAUGAUACAUCAGAUCUUGAAGAAGAGGGAAGUGAUGAUGAAGUUGACUUCAAUUCUCAAUAUGACUUAAUCAGUAAUAAAAUGCAGGCUAUUGGAGGAAACACUGCAGAGGACAGAGAUCUUACGGAUUCCAGUUCAGAUGAUGAUACAUUCUAUUAUAAUGAAAGUGAUAUUGAAAAGGCAGUUGUGGCACGUGAUCGUCAGUUUCUAGAAACUAUUAUCGAAGAGGAUUUGGAAAGCAACACUUGUUCAGAAGAACAGGCCUCACCUGUUACUGAUGGUGCUUCUUCAGUUAACUUAGUGGAAGACAGGUGGAAAGAUGGUGAACAUGAAGCAGAUGGUACUGAGGUGGACAACAAACCAAAUAACUUUAAAAAUGGUUCUAAUUGCUUAACAAAUGAGGAAAAGGAAGAUGAAUUUACUGAAAGCUGCUUUAGUGAAACAGAUAUUGAAUGUUUUGUUACAGAUGAAACCAACAGUGAUGAAGAUUUUGAGACUGAAUUAUCUACAAACGAGCAAAGUAUUUUUAGUAACACAAAUGUAUUUGAUCCAUGCCUUGAAGGUGAACGUCCGAUCAACUUCUCUAAUUCAAUUUGUACAUCAUUUCAAGCAAAUAAUAGUGAAAAUACAGAGUUUGUGUCUCUUAAACCAUCUAAAAAUGUAUAUAGUACUGAACUGGAUGAUGAAGAUAAUAGGGAAGGGAAGUGCUCAACAGAUAACACUCCUGAUUCUGUGUUAAGGACUUAUCCUUCCUUUGAAACAACUACAGUAGAGUGUGCCGAGAGUGGUGUUGUAAAACACAAGACAUGUGAAAUACUACAAACAGGUAAAGAUUUAAACCUAAACUUAAGUGUUUCUGCUAUCCCUGAUGUGAAUGCUGAAAUGUCAGAACUAUGUAAGCUGGUUACUUUGGAAUCAACCCUUUUGGAAAAUAAUGAUCUGGCUACAAAUACAACAUCUUCCUUAUGUGAACCAUCUGAACACCCUAAUAAUACAGAAAAAGAAAGCACAAGUAUUUCUGCUCCUAAUUUAGAUGACUGUAUACUUCAAGCAGAUAAGAAAACAACAAUUUUUAAGACUAAUGACAAUGUAGAGGAAAUUAUUCAUUUGCCAGAAAAGCAGCAAAAUACUGAUUGUUUAUCAACCCCAAGUCCCAUUCACAUUGAAAACUUAAGUGCGAUUUUUGAUGCUUCCUUCCCUAAAGCUGCUAAUGAUGUUUUGGAGUCAAAUUCUAUGAAAGACAUGUCACAAACCUUGAACACUAGCAGCAUCAAAGAUACAGAUCCUAAAUAUGAAGAGAAAAAUAGGGAUUUGACAAGUUACCUCAGGGGAUGUGCAAGUAUUCUUCAGGCAAAUGAAGAAACUGCAGGCACUCCCUGUUCUGAAGCAGAUAUGAGUUUUGAUGAGAAUAACACAAAUGAUAGAAUUAAUACAAGACUUAAUAACGAUAUGCCUGAAUUUCCAGAUAUGGCAAUAACUGACCUAAAAGAAAAGGUGGGUGGUGAACAAGUUCAUAUUUAUGUGGAGACUGUUCCCGAAGAUGGAAAUAUUGAGCAGGACAAUUGUUAUGAAGAAAAGGCAAACAUGGGGAAAAGCAGAGUUUGUGAUAUAAUGCAACCAAAAGAAGAAUUUACAAAUAAUUCAGAUUUGUCUGAGAAAGCAAAUGAAUCUUUAGUUGAGAGCCAGUUAAUAGAAGAAACACAAAUAGGACACAAUUCUACAGCAUGUGUUUAUGCUGUACAAAAUGAGAAAAUAUUACAGUCAGAGCCAGAUUAUCCUGACAGUAAUUUAAAUAAUGCCAGUUCUACCACAGAAGUGAAAGAGGUGACAAAUAACAGCCAUGCUGUACUUGAUUUGCACAGUGGCUCUUCUGGUACUAACUUGGAUGAAAAUCAACUCUGUCCUAAUCAGGAAGUAGAAAAACUUUCAAGUGACUUUGCUUAUGCCACAGAACCAGUAGCAGAACCAAACCGUCCUAAAUUAAUCUCUUCUCAACUGGAGCAAAUAUUUUAUGAACCCCCAGAUUCUGAAAAUAAGAAUAAGAUUGAAGAGCUUCUUAUUAAUAUUAACAAAGGUCUUUUUCCAAGUGAGAUGGUGAGUUAUUCUUUAAAAUCGCAUAGCUCAGAAAGGCAAGAUGAUAAUUCAACUGUAAAUGCUGCCAGACAAAGUGAUAAUUUUGCUGAGGCACAAUGUGCACUAACAUUUAAACAUGCUUCGCAAAACCCAGAAACACUGCCUUCUAACUAUGAUCAAAAGACUGAUGAUUAUAAAACACAACCUAAUCCUCAAGAUAUGUCUAAAACAGAUGAAGCUAAAGGAUGCCUUUCAUCAGAUACGUUAUCAAUGACAGUAAGUCAGUGCUCUCAGAAACUAUGUGAACACCUUACUGUUAUUCAGGAUUUAAAAUAUCACUUAGACAGCCUGCCAGCCAUCAGCGACAAUUUGGAAACUUUGAAAAUACAACUUGAACAGAUUGAGUCAUUUGCAUCAAGGCUAAAUGUGCUUUCUGUUGAUAUGAAAAAAGAUUUGAAGGCUGCAGAACCUUUCUUAAUGUCUAUGCCUGGUAACAUUGCAACAGAACAUCUGAAGGAAUUAAAUGACUGCUUGAAGAAGGCCCAUGCUGUAGUCUGUGAAAUGUCUUCAGAUCGUGCUAAACAGAUUGCUUUCAAUGUUGACACAGAGAUGUCUAAAUUAUCAGUAUUCUAUCAGGACCUCUUAAACAGACUGCAGUUAUUGUCAGAUUGGAUCCAAGAGAAACAAAAUUCUAUGGAUGUUUCUGUCAACAGUAAUGGCGCGGAGAUGGAAAAGCAAAGUCUUGAAUUCCUUAAGGAACUGGGCACACAUAUAUCUGAAAAAAAGUUAGAGUUGGAAACAACAGCAUUUGAUAUCCAAUUUUUCAUAUCAGAACAUGCCCAAGAUCUUUCUGCAAUCCAAAGUAAACAGCUGUUACGACUCCUAAACACAACACAGAGGAGUUUUCAGGAAGCUCACAAAACGAUUGCAUCGCAGACCAAGUAUUUGCAAAGCGCCUUGUUGGCAGCACAAGACCUGAGUGACCAGAAGGAUGCAGAAGUACAGUUGCAAGAACACAAAGAAAAACUACAGGAAAUCUGUCAUCUCCUCACACAGACAGAAAACCGACUGAUAGGUCAACAAGAUACCUUCUCUGCGCAUGAUAGCCCUGCUGACCUAAAGCUUCAUCAAAACGAAUACCAGGAGCUGCAGAAGGAUAUGCUUGCCGGGGCCAGUGAAUUGGCAGAGAUUGUAAAAAAUACAGAGAAAUUUCUACAGGAAUAUGGAGAUAAACUUUCACCAGAGGACAGAGCUAUCAUCGAGAAGAAAUUAAAAGAGGCAAAAAACAAGUUUGAUCUUCUCAGCAAAAGAGCAGAAGAAUCCAAAAAACAACUGGAUAAAGCACUUACUUCUGCAAUUAAAAAAGAAAGUGAAAAGUCUGCUGCUGUGGAACAGUUAGAAGAGAGCAAAAACAAAAUUGAAAGCCUUUUGGAUUGGUUGUCGUGUGUGGACAAAGAAGCAGUGAAUGGCAACAAUGUGCCAAAAACGAAUGUAAAACAAAAUGGAACACACCAUCAAGACCAGGACCUAAGCUCUUUGCUUCAUGGAACAGAAGAGGUUAAUGGGAAUCUAAUACAAAGAGAUGGCAAAGAGAGUACUGUGAAUGUUCACAAACAAGAUAAAGAAGAUUUAAGCAGUCAAUAUCAAAGGGCAAAGGCCCAACAUGACAAAAUUGUCUCCCAGCAUCAGGCUGUUAUUAUAGCUACACAAUCUGCCCAAGCAUUACUUGAGAAACAGGGUGGGCAUCUAUCAAAAGAAGAGAAAGUAAAGUUGCAAAAAGAUAUUGCGGACUUAAAAGCCCAGUAUGAGACAGCACUUUGUGACUCUGAACGAAAGAUGAAGUUGAUCCAGAAUGUGCAAGAAGAGUUAGAAAAGUUUUCGACAGACUGCAAUGAAUUUGAAAACUGGCUUCAGGAAUCUCAGGGUGAAUUGGAAGAGCUGGAAUCUGGGCCUGCCGAUUUUGCAGCAAUCGAUAUCAAGUAUCAGAGGCAAAAAAGCUUCUCAGAGGAUGUGAUUUCUCACAGAGGGGACCUACGUUACAUCACUAUAUCAGGACAGAGAGUUUUGGAUGCAGCAAAAUCUUGCAACAAAGAUGAAGACAACAAUAAUGUUAGUACUCUGGAAACAUGCAAAAUGGUACAAGAAAAGCUGGAUACAGCUUCCGAGAAGUUCAAGUCUUUGCAGUCUAAGUGCAACGUUCUUGGAAAUAACUUAAAGGAUUUAUCUGACAAAUGCCAGCAUUACAAGGAUGCAUCUUCUUCCCUACUAAAAAGAUUGGAGAUAUCUGAAUCCACUGUAAACAAAAAACUGUCUGAGCCUAUUGCUGCUAAUACCAAAAACGUGCAAAGACAGAUUGACGAAACAAAGGUUUUGUGUGAACAGGUGUCUGCUCACCAGGCUGAUGUUGAAAAACUCAAGAAGGCAGCAGAAGUACUUAUGGAUUCCAAAGGAGGCCUUUCACUAAACAAAGAUGAGAUCCAAAUGCCUCUUGAUGAUAUUGUGGGAAGGUACAACACUCUAUCUCAGUCAGUAAACGACUGGAAUGAAAAUCUCCAGGUUACCUUAACCCGCUCGCUUAGUGUUCAGGAUGGUUUAAAUGAAAUGCUGGACUGGAUGUGUGGGGUGGAAAGAGAUUUGAAAGACCAACACCAAGUUCCACUGAAUUCUUCCUCUAUCCAGGAAAUUAUUACAAAAAAUAAUAUUCUAGAACAAGAUAUAUCCAACCGCCAGAGCAGUAUUAACACCAUAAAUGACAAAGUCCAAAAAUUCAUGGAGACAGCGGACCCAUCAACAGCAUCUUCUUUACAGGCAAAGAUGAAUGACCUGUUUUGUCGUUUUUCCAAAGCCGGUGAACUUGCCAAAGAGCGCACUGCACAGAUGGAGGGCCUAAAGAUGAAAGUCGAGCUGUUUGAAAAUCUAUCAGAUAAAGUGGAUUUAUUUUUGGACCAAAAGUUUCAGUCUCUUACAGAGACAGAUGUUCCUGGAAAAGAUGUUACAGAGCUUUCUCAGUAUAUGCAGGAAACAAGCUGCGAGCUAGCAGGCCACAAGAAAAACUUGGAAGACUUGCAGAAGCUUGUUGAAGAGAUAUGUGUUUAUGGUAUUCCUGGAGACAAGGCACUUGCUUUGGAAAAAGUGAAAACAAUGCUGAAAAGGUUUCAAGAUCUUGAAGAGACUGUUAAGGCAAAGGAAGAAGAUGUGUCUUCUUGCCAAAAUGAAAUGGAUGCUUUUAAGUCUUUAAUUCAGUCUUUAAAGAAAUGGUGUGUAUCAGUAACUGAAGAGAUACCUGCUGCUCCAAGAACAUUAUGUGUAGAAGAAUUAGCUAAACAUUUGCAAAAGAGCAAGAGUUUGCAAGAGGAGUGGUCCCAAAAAGGCCCAGAAGUACAAGAAGUUAAUAGCAAAGGGGCGGUUCUUAGUAACUUAAUCAGCACUGUGACUUCACCUGUAAAAAUCAGAGCAUCAGGGAAAUCAGGUAGGACUGUUAUAAAUGGAACAGCCAAGGAACAACUAACUAAUAAAGAGCUAGCUUAUGUACAAAAGGAGAUAUCUGAUGUAAAUGAAGGUUAUCAGCACUUGGGAGAUUUGUUAAAAGAAAAAGUUUCUGAGUUGGAGAGGUGGCUUUUACAAAUGCAGCAAGUACAAGAGGAAACAGAUACAUUGAUGAAAUGGCUUAGCAAAAUGCAGGAUGAGACUGCACAAUGGGAACAUCCGACAGACAGUGUUUCCUUGAAAGCCCAGAUAGAACAGCAUAAGCGGUUUGCGUCUGAUAUGAAACAAAAGGAAAAAAGUGUGGAAAUGCUAAAGAAUAAGUUGAAAGAUCUGCUGCUUGCAAAUCCAGAUGCACCAGAGUCAUCGAAGUGGAAAGAAAUGCUGGAUAAAAUAGAUUCUUUAUGGCAAGACAUUAACAAGAUGGCAGCAGAAAGACAGCAAACUUUAGAGGAGUCUUCAAAUGAUCUGAACCAGUUCCAGACAGCAGAGGCACAGCUAAAACAAUGGCUUACAGAGAAAGAACUCAUGGCCAGUGUACUUGGGCCGCUCUCAAUUGACCCAAAUAUGCUGAAAACUCAAAAACAGCAAGUUCAGAUCCUUCUUAAAGAAUUUGAUGCUAGAAAACAGCAAUAUGAACAGUUCAGGUCUGCAGGACAGAGAAUCCUUAACAGGCCCUGUGAGCUCCCUUCCAGUGGUGAAGUUGUGAAAGAACAGUUGGCAUCUGUAGCAUGCAAAUGGGAAAGUCUAACAGGACAGUUGAAUGAUAGAUGUGAUCGCAUUGAACAGGCUAUUGUCAAAAGCACUAAUUAUCAGAACAAUUUAAAGGGCCUCUCUGAGAAACUAAGUGCCAUGAGUAAUACAUUGAGCACCAAUAUGGUGGUGAGCUCCCAUCCUGAUGCUGUCAAUCAAAAGCUCCAAACAGCAAAGCAGCUUCAGAAAGACUUGUCUAAUGAAAAGAAGAACAUAGAAGAUACCAAAGUCCUUUGCCAGGAACUGUCAAAUCUGGUGGCAGAGGACUACUUGAAAGCAGAAUUAAAUAGGCAAAUGGAUACUGUUGUAAAGCCAUUUGUGGAUCUGGAAGAAAAAGCAGGUUAUCAUGUUGAGCAGCUACAAAUGGCUUUUGCUAGCUCUCAGAAGUUUCAUCACUUGUCUGAAGAUCUUAAGUCUUGGAUACAAACUAAAACAAAGGAGCAAAAUGAAGCAGCCCCAAUUUCAGCCAACCUUAAUAUCUUAGAGUCACUCAUCACAGAGCAGGCAGAAGUGCAAAAUGCUCUAAAGGACCAACUCAGCACCUAUGAGAAAGUAACUGCAGAAGCUGAAAAUCUUCUGCAGAAAACAAAAGGAGAUGAAAAAGCAAACCUACAGUCCCAACUUUCCAUGCUCAAAAGUAAUUGGGAAGCCAUUAACAAGCAGGUUUUGGAAAGGCAAAACAAUUUGCUUGACUGUCAACAGAAGGCUACCAAACACAAGGAGUUUGUAGAAAAUAUUCAACCAUGGAUAGAGGAAUGUCAGCAUAAACUGUCUGAAUUUACAGUUUCAGUAGAUUUAAGUGCCAUUGAGAGUUCAGUAGGGCAAGUAAAAGUUCUGCAAAAGAAUGUUGAUAAACAGAGGGGAAUGAUGGAGACCUUAAACAGUGCAACAGAGAGCCUACUAAACUGCUGUCAAACAGAUAAAGAAGCAAUCAGAGAGCAAAACAAAAAUAUGAACAGUCAGGUUGAUGAACUUAUUGAUAAUUUACAUAUUAAGAGGGACACACUGGAGAAAUUUGGGACUCGUCUCAAGGAAUUUCAGGAAUCUGUUAAAGAUACAGAAAAGCAGCUGGCUGUAGCCCAGGAGCAUUUAGAUGCUCACAACUCUCUUGGUCCUCAAGGUUGCAGUAACAAACACCUUACAAUAAUGCAAACUCAACAAAAGGUUCUUCAGAACCUUGAACCCCAAAUAGACAUUGUCAGAAGUCUGGCACAGCAGCUUGUUGUUGAUGCCUUUGAUGCAGAAGGUGUUACUGAACUAGUUCUUCAAGCAGAGUCACUUCAUCAAAAACACCAUAUUAUCCAUCAAGAAGUAGAAGAAAAAUGUUCCUUCUUAGAGACUAAACUACAAGGAAUUGGACAUUUCCAAAACAGCAUCCGAGAGAUGUUUUCUCAGUUUACUGAGUUAGAUGAUGAACUUGAUAGUAUGACUCCAGUGGGAAGGGAUCUUAACAUAUUGCAGUGUCAAAAACAGGACAUAAGCAAAUUCCUAAAGAAACUGAGUGAUUUAAUAACAACUAAUGAAAAUGCAAAUAAGACCUGUAAGAAAAUGUUGGCUACUGAGUCAUCGCCCGAUCUUAUUGGCAUCAAAAGGGAUCUGGAAGCGUUAAAUAAACAAUGUAACAAACUACUUGACAGAGCAAAAUCCAGAGAAGAGCAAACUGAGAAUAUUAUAUCUCGAACUGAGGACUUUUAUUGCACACUAAAACAAUUUUUUGAUCUACUUAAGGGAGUAGAGGAGCAUGAAGAGUCCCAAGGUGCUGUUGGCAUGGAAACAGAUGUCAUUAAUCACCAAUUAAACAUCUUUAUGGCUUUCCAGAAGGAAGAAAUUGAGCCUCUUCAAGCCCGCAUCCAGGAGGUGAAUCAGUUGGGUCAGGGCCUUGUGCAAAGUGCUGCUAAAAAUACUAGCACCGAGAGCUUGGAACAUGAUCUGGAGGAAGUGAACGUGAGAUGGAAUACUCUGAAUAACAAGGUUGCUCAGAGGGCUGCCCAGUUACAAGAAGCCCUCCUUCACAGUGGAAGGUUUCAGGAUGCUCUGGAAUCUCUAUUGAGCUGGCUCACAGAUACAGAGGAUCUGGUUGCAAGCCAAAAGCCACCAUCAGCAGAGUUUAAAGUGGUGAAAGCACAACUGCAAGAACAAAAGUUACUUCAGAGACUUCUGAGUGACCGGAAACCUACUGUUGAGGCAAUAAAACGAGAAGGGGAAAAGAUUGCCAGUUCUGCUGACCAAACAGAUAAAGAAAAGAUCUUGAAGCAACUGAGUACCUUAGAGCGUAGGUGGGAUGAGCUGCUGAAAAAAGCAGAGAUAAGAAAUCGCCAGUUGGAUGACAUUUUAGUUGUAGCAGAGCAGUUUCAUGAUUCCUUAGAACCUUUAUCUGAAUGGCUCACGUCCACUGAGAAAAAGCUUGCAAUCUCAGAGCCCAUCGGUACACAGACAGCCAAACUUCUGCAGCAGAUUUCCCAACAAAAAGCCUUAGAAGAUGACAUCACAGCUCACAAUAAAAGUUUACACCAAUCCCUGAGCACUGGGCAGACUUUAAAAGCCUUGAGUUCAAGGGAAGAUAAAGAGAUGAUACAGGAAAAAUUAGACACUUGCCAGACGUGCUAUUUGGAGGUCCAGGAGAAAAGUAGCAGGAGGUGUGAACUACUGCAUCAGGCCUACUGCAAUGCUCAGAUAUUUGGGGAUGAUGAGGUUGAGUUGAUGAACUGGCUGACAGAAGCUCAUGACAAGCUGAGCAAGCUCACAGUUCAAGAUUAUAGCACUGACGUGCUCACCAGACAACACACUGAGCUGCUGCUUCUUCAGGAAGAUAUCAUGCUUAGGAAGCAAAAUGUUGACCAGGCCAUCCAGAAUGGAGUGGAGUUGCUAAAACAAACUACAGGGGAUGAAGUUGUGAUCAUUCAGGAAAAGUUAGAUGGCAUCAAAUUAAGAUAUGCAGAAAUCACAAAGUUAAGUUCAAAGGUAUCCAAAAUCUUAGAUCAGGCACUUCAUCUUGCAACCCAGUUUCACUCAACUCACGAGGAACUUAGCCGAUGGUUGGACAAGGUGGAAGUAGAACUAAAAGGUUAUGAAACACAGGCCAGCUCUACAGAUGAGCUAAGUGUUGUACAGGAGAGGAAAAAGGAUCUGAAACAAGAAACUAAGGUCAGUAAGGCUUUGUUAGACUCUCUGAAUGAUGUCAGCAGUGCUUUGCUGGAACUAGUGCCAUGGAGAGCAAGAGAAGGGCUUGACAGAAUGGUAACGGAGGAUAAUGAACGCUAUAGAUUAGUAAGCGACACUCUAACACAAAUGGUGGAAGAGAUAGAUGCUGCCAGAGUGAGAUCUCAGCAGUUUCAGCAAGCUGUUAAUGCAGAGUAUGCAUGGACUGAAGAAGCAGAAAAUAAAUUAAGGUCGUUGGGCCACAUUCGGCUUGAGCAAGACCAGACCACAGCUCAGCUUCAAGUCCAGAAGGGAUUUACAAUGGAUAUAUUACGACAUAAAGAUUCAGUAGAUGAACUAAUUACAUCAGCAGAUGACAUUAUGAAUGUAUUUAAUGAAGAAGAGAAGCAAUCUAUGAAGGACAAACUUAAGAACUUGGGGAUAAAGUAUGAUAAAAUCUGCCAUCUGAACGCUGAAAGGAAUCUUCAGCUGGAAAGAGCUGUGUCACUGGUGAACCAGUUUUGGGAGACAUAUGAAGAAUUAUGGCCAUGGCUUAUAGAAACAGAGAAUGCCAUUUCACAGCUUCCAGUUCCAGCUCUUGAUUAUGACACCCUGAAACAGCAGCAGGAAGACAUUCGCCAACUUCGUGAACUAAUUGCUGAGCACAAACCUCAUAUUGAUAAAAUGAACAAAACAGGUCCUCAGUUACUGGACCUUAGCCCAGAGGAGGGAUUUUUUAUUCAGGAAAAAUAUGUGUCAGCUGAUACACUUUAUAGUGAAAUUAAAGAAGUGGUGAAGAAGCGAGCUAUUUACUUGGAUGAAGCCAUUUCUCAAUCAGCACAGUUUCAUGACAAAAUUGACCCAACUCUUGAAAAUCUGCAACGCAUAGCUGAGCGCUUGAGACAGCCCCCUUCCAUCUCUGCUGAGUGUGAAAAGAUAAAAGAACAGCUCAGUGAAAAUAAGAAUGUGUCUGUAGAGCUUGAAAAGCUUCAACCUGUCUAUGAAACUCUUAAAAAACGCGGAGAAGAAAUGAUUGCACGCUCAGAAGGUGCUGAUAAGGAUAUUUCAGCCAAAGUUGUUCAAGAUAAGCUUGACCAAAUGGUCUUUGUUUGGGAGGACAUCCAGGCUUUGACAGAAGAGAGAGAGGCCCAGUUGCUUGAUGUGUUGGAAUUGGCAGAGAAGUUCUGGUGUGAUCACUAUGCAUUGAUAGCUACAUUUAAGGAUACCCAGGAUUUAAUACGGGAGCUUGACGGUCCUGGGGUUGACCCUUCUGUUGUAAAGGAACAACAAGAGACGGCAGAGGUGAUAAAGGAAGAAAUUGAUGGGUUUCAGGAUGAGCUGGAUGCAGUAAUUAGCCUUGGAUCCGAACUGAUAUCUGCUUGUGGGGAACCUGACAAACCUGUUGUUAAUAAAAACAUAGAUGAGCUAACUUCUGCAUGGGAUACUCUUAAUAAAACUUGGAAGGAACGGGUUGAAAAACUUGAUGAAGCUAUGCAAGCUGCAGUUCAGUAUCAAGAUGGCCUGCAGGCUCUGUAUGACUGGGUUGACAUUGCUACUUUGAAAGUAGAGUCUAUGCCACCAAUUGGAACCGAUUUGGUAACAGUAAAGCAACAAAUUGUGGAACUUAAGCAAUUCAAGACAGAUACCUACCAGCAGCAAAUAGAACUGGAAAGGCUAAAUCAUCAGAAAGAACUGUUGCUGAAGAAGGUGACGGAUGAGAAUGAUAAGCAAGCUGUUGAGGAUCCCUUGUCAGAAUUGAAACUCUUAUGGAAUUCUCUUGAGGAUAAAAUUAUCAACAGACAGCACAAACUGGAAGGUGCUCUGUUAGCCCUGGGGCCAUUCCAGCAUGCCCUUGAUGAGCUCACAACAUGGAUGACUCACACCGAGGGACUUUUAAAUGAACAAAAAUCAGUUGGAGGAGAUCCUAAGGCUAUUGAAAUUGAACUUGCAAAGCAUCACGUACUUCAAAAUGAUGUGCUAGCACACAAGUCUACAGUUGAAACUGUAAAGAAGGCAGGAAAUGACCUUAUUGAAUCGAGCGCAGGAGAGGAAGCGAGCAGCCUCAAUAGCAGGUUGGAAUCUUUGAACCAGCGGUGGCAAAUAAUUCUAGAUAAAACAGAGAAGAGGAUGAAGUUGCUGGAUAGUGCAUUGUUUCAGGCUCAGGGUUUCCACAGUGAAAUUGAAGAUAUGCAUCAGUGGCUCACAGACAUAGAACGCCAGUUACUGGCUUCUAAACCCGUUGGAGGUUUGCCUGAAACUGCUCGGGAACAACUCAGUGCCCAUCUGGAACUUUGCUCUCUCUUUGAAGUUAAAGAAGAAAUUUACAAGAGGCUAAUGCAGAAAAGUCAGCAAAUGAUGGAGCGAUGCACAGAUGACCCAGAAGCAAAUAUAGAUCAAGAUGUUAUUAACCUGAAAGAGAAAUGGGAAUCUGUAGAUACAAAACUCAGUGAGAGAAAAGCAAAACUUGAAGAAGCACUUGAGGUGGCAACAGGUUUUCACAAUUCUCUACAAGAUUUCAUCAACUGGCUCACACAAGCAGAACAGACUUUAACUAUCGCUUCUCCACCAAGCCUUAUUUUGGAUACUGUAUUGUUUCAGAUUGACGAACAUAAGGUGUUUGUCACUGAAGUAAACUCACACCGCGAUCAGAUUAUGGAGCUUGACAAGACUGGUACCCAUUUGAAAUAUUUUAGCCAAAAGCAGGAUGUUGUUAUUAUUAAAAAUCUACUUAUCAGUGUGCAAAGCCGUUGGGAAAAUGUUGUUCAACGCUCAUUGGAAAGGGGGCGGAUGUUGGAUGAUGCACGGAAGAGAUCCAAGCAGUUUCAUGAAGCUUUUGACAAACUUAUGGAGUGGCUUGAAGAAUCUGAGAGGUCCUUGGAUUCUGAACUUGAAAUUGCUAAUGAUCCAGACAAGAUCAAGACUCAGUUAACAAAGCAUAAGGAAUUCCAGAAAACCCUAGGAGGCAAGCAUACAGUAUAUGAUACAACCACACGGAGUGGGCGGUCACUAAAGGAGAAAGCGACACUGACAGAUGAUAUUCAGAAACUGGAUGAUAUGCUCAGCGAGAUAAGAGACAAAUGGGAUACAGUCUGUGGGAAAUCAAUUGAAAGACAAAACAAACUUGAAGAAGCAUUGCUGAUUUCUGGCCAGUUUACAGAUGCAUUACAGGCCUUGAUUGACUGGCUUUAUAGGAUUGAACCUCAGCUGGCUGAAGACCAGCCUGUUCAUGGUGAUAUCGACAUUGUGAUGAAUCUCAUAGACAACCACAAAGUCUUUCAAAAAGAGCUGGGAAAGAGGAGCAGCAGUAUUCAGGCACUAAAACGUUCUGCAAGAGAACUAAUUGAAGGGAGCCGUGAUGACUCUUCUUGGGUGAAAGCCCAAAUGCAGGAGUUAGGCACUCGCUGGGAAACAGUGUGCAAUUUGUCCGUGUCUAAACAGACUCGCCUGGAAGAAGCAUUGCAUCAGGCUGAAAGUUUUCAUGCAGCAGUACAUGCCCUGCUAGAGUGGCUGGCAGAUGCAGAACAAGCUCUUCGCUUCCAUGGGAUUCUCCCAGAUGAUGAAGACUCAUUGCGCUUACUUAUAGAACAACAUAAGGAGUUUAUGAGGAGAGUUGAAGAGAAAAGGUCUGAACUGAAUAAAGGAGCAAGUAUGGGAGAGGCAAUCCUGGCAAUUUGUCACCCUGACUCUAUUACAACUAUCAAGCACUGGAUAACCAUCAUCCGAGCCAGAUUUGAGGAGGUUCUAACCUGGACAAAGCAGCACCAGCAGAGGCUUGCAGUAGCUUUGGAUGAUCUAAUUGCUAAGAAAGAGCUUCUGGAAUCUUUGCUCGCUUGGUUACAGUGGUCUGAAAUGACACUCAAUGAAAAAGACAAAGAAGAUAUCCCACAGGACUUAGAUGAAGUUAAAGCACUGAUUGAGGAGCAUCAGAUAUUUAUGGAAGAAAUGACACAAAAGCAGCCAGAUGUUGAUAAAGUCACUAAAACAUACAAGAGAAAAGUGGAAUCCACUACAGGACAGUCUCAAAUCCCUGUGUUGGAUAAAGGGAGAGGAGGUUGGAAAAGAUCUCCGACGCCAAGUUUGUAUCCAUCUGGUACGCAGACAUCCCUUGAAACUAAAAACCCAAGGGUGAAUUUACUUGUAAGCAAAUGGCAACAAGUGUGGUUAUUGGCAUUGGAGAGACGAAGAAAACUUAAUGAUGCCUUGGAUAGGUUAGAAGAGUUAAGGGAGUUUGCCAACUUUGAUUUUGAUGUUUGGAGAAAGAAAUAUAUGCGAUGGAUGAAUCAUAAAAAGUCACGAGUAAUGGAUUUCUUCAGAAGGAUAGAUAAAGAUCAGGAUGGAAAAAUCACAAGACAAGAAUUUAUAGAAGGGAUCCUUUCCUCCAAGUUUCCAACCAGUCGCCUUGAGAUGAGUGCUGUAGCGGAUAUAUUUGAUCGUGAUGGUGAUGGAUACAUUGACUAUUAUGAGUUUGUGGCAGCCCUUCAUCCAAACAAAGAUGCAUACAAACCAAUAACUGAUGCUGACAAAAUUGAAGAUGAGGUCACACGCCAAGUAGCAAAAUGUAAGUGUGCCAAGAGAUUCCAAGUUGAACAGAUAGGAGAAAACAAAUACAGAUUCUUCCUGGGAAAUCAGUUUGGUGACUCCCAACAACUUCGCCUUGUUCGUAUUUUGAGAAGCACUGUGAUGGUUCGAGUUGGUGGUGGGUGGAUGGCGCUUGAUGAGUUUUUAGUGAAAAAUGAUCCUUGUAGAGUUCAUCAUCAUGGAAGUAAAAUGUUACGCUCGGAGUCAAACUCUUCAAUUACUACUCAGCCUCUUAUAGCUAAAGGAAGGACAAAUGUAGAGCUGCGUGAGAAGUUCAUGUUACCAGAAGGUGCUAGCCAGAGCAUGACUCCAUUCCGACCAAAGGGUCGAAGAUCUAGACCAUCAUCAAGAGGUGCAUCCCCUAACAGAUCCAAUUCCAGUCCAAAUAUACAAGCUAGUCCAUCAUUGGCUGCAAGCUCCAUCACACCCAAGACACCCCUCCAUUUAACACGCAAUUAUGGUAAGCCUUGGCUGGCAAACAGCAAAACCUCAACACCCUGUAAGAGUCCCGAGUCCCCAGAUUAUCAACUCUCAUCGCUUGAGACAACACCGAUACAGGGAAGCAAACUAAGGCUACCGGGAUACCUCUCCGGCAAAGAAUUUCACUCAGCAGGAGACAGUAACAUUUUGACCACUGCAGCCAGCAAAGUCAGGACACAGUUUGCAGACUACAGGAGAACUCCAAGUCGUGCCGGAAGCAAAGCUGGAAGCAGAUCAAGCAGUCGGCGUGGCAGCGAUGCCUCGGACUUUGAUAUUUCUGAAAUCCAAUCAGUAUGUUCAGAUAUGCCCGAGACUGUUUUAAACAGCAACAGGCCUUCUCCACGAGCAAGCCCACGCUCAGGAACAGGCAAACCUUCCAAAAUUCCAACACCACAACGACGGUCACCAAUGAACAAACCCAGCAAACUGACAAAGAGAUAGGGCGCCUUGCUCUGGAGAGCUUUUUCAUUGUGCUUUGCCUAUUUAAGUUUCUAAGAUGUAAAAACUAUUGUGUAAAAUGCGAUGUUUGAUUUUAACCCUGCAGAUGGCCUUAAAUGUAUGUUUGUCUUGUUUUUUUACACAUAUUUUUAUCAACAUUUCAUUGUCUUAUAGUUUGGAAAAGUGGAAGGGAGAUUCAAUUAAACUAACCUGUCCCUCUUUAUGUGCCGGACAUCCACUAAAGCAGUUGUUGAAUGUAUUAAUAACUCUCUGCAUUCUGGAAGACAGUACAGUAUGCCAACCACAGAUUCAUUAGUUUCCAAUAUGAAUACCUCAGAAUUACAGUAUUUAUACUAGUGCAAAAAAAGGCGAGCCGAGCGGUAAACACAAACACUAAGGGGCCUAUUUACUAUGCUGUGUUAAAUUAAAUUUGCCAAAAAAACAGUGUAAAAUGAAUUGAAAAUUUUGGCUUCCAAACACCAGAUUUAACUGAAUUUUCUUGCCGUUUUUUAAACAGCAUAAUAAAUAAGCCCAUAAAUCUUAUUCAUUAGAAUAUAUUUAUGCACACUGCAUUUAUUUGAGCAGUUUUACCUUGGGGAUCUCACAGAUCGGUAUUUAAUCAGUUUUUUUUUUUUAAACGUCUGUGAGAUUCUGUCCAAUAGAAUUUGAAUUGUGUCAAAAUAAUCGCAUUAUGUGCAUAAGUGAGGUUUUCUUUCGCUUGAGUGGAUGAUAGCAAUGUAUCAUCAGACUACUUUUGUAUGAAAUCCGUUUUGCUUGCAAGAUCUCAAUAAUAAACCAUGUCCAAAUCCGAA